AAACAAAAGUCCAUAGUAUAUUUUAUUUAGCUAAGCAGCGGCUUUGAAAUGCCGCCAACACGCUCCCAGCUCAACACUCUGCCCAAGAUAUCGGGAGUCUAUGGCGUGGCGAACGACAGUCGCCGCACCACGGCGCGCUCGACGCAGCUCUUGGAAGACAGCCAGACGGUCAUAGGAAAGACUGCUCCUAAGGUGCCAGCCAAGAAGCGUGUGAUACGAACCAAUGAGCAAGAGCCCUGGAGCAAGGCCAGGUGUCCAAGCCGCAAUAGGGCGCAUAGGCAAACGAAACGCGAGGCGGCCAUAGCCAAGUUCAAGAACAUUGAUUUCUCAGUGCGCGACUCCAAUGCGCAGCUGACGGUGCAAACGCUGGAAUUUCCGGAUGCCAACAUACGUCGCACUGAGCUGGACAAGCGCGAUGAGUGCGGCCAGCUGUUGGUGCAGAAGCGCACCGGACAUGACUUUGCCAGCUCCAGCAAUUCGCAUUUCCGCGAUGCAGUGCUAACGGUGAAUAUGCGUGCCAAGAGCUGCACCUCACCCAGCAUACCAGGCACAGAGGUGGUGAUGGCUCGAGAGCAGAGCAGACCUACCUUGGGCCAGCGACCACAUGGCGUGCAUUCACAGGAAAUGGUGGACUCACAGCAUGAACGCUCGGACGGCUCGCGUCACUUUCAUGGGAAACAGUGGCAGAAGCCAUGCGAGGCAAGCUAUGUGGUGGGUGCACCUCGCUCACAUAUUGGACGCUGUCCGGAGAACUAUCAGAAGCUGGCCAAGCUAUCGCCGGCGCGUCAAAAGUUCUUUCUAACGCAGGAUCCGCGCAAGACGCACUGCCUCGUUAAUCCUGCAGCGCUGCGGCACAAAGCGCUGAAUGCUCAACAGCAGCAGCGACUGAUUAGCAAGAUGGUAAAGCAUGGCGAGAAUGUCUGCGCCAGCACGGGCUCCGAGUCCAGCGAUUCGCACAUUUGCGAGGUCAUCGAUCUGGAGAAUCCCGUCAAUCUGGACUUUCAAGGCAUGGACUACAAGAACACCUACGAGAAGGACGAGCAGGAGCAGCAGAACCAGCAGACCUAUUGGCGCGUGCUGCGCUACAUGACGCGCCGACGCGCCAUGCGCGACACCAAGGAAAAUGUGGAGGCCGAACUGCAGGCGGAGCGACUGGCCAUACCCGCUAUAUUCAAUACCAGCAUCAAGGAUCAGCCGCCGCGCAUUGAGCCGCCGCCGAAGCCAGAGAAACUAGCGGAACUGUUUCGCAGCCAGGACAAGCCCGCCAAUGUGGACAAGAUACAGUUUGAGCAAAGUCGUCGCACCUCACGCUACAAGGACAUCUAUUUGCGCAAGAAGCAGCGCGGCAUACAGCUGGAGCAGCAGCGCCAGCAGGAGCAGGCAGCAAUCAAAGAGAUUGAAGCGCGCACUGUAGCGGAGCAAGAUCUGCUGGAGGAUGUGGCCAAGAUCGAUGAUGACAUUGAACGCAGUUUUCGCAAAUUCGAGUAUAUACCGCCAGUUAUAAGAAAGCGCAAGUUCUUCCCCAAGACGCUGACGGAAACGGAGCGACUGAAGCGCAAAAUGCACAAGCAGAAUUGUGUGCGUCGGGAUGCCGCCAAGGUGACGCAGGAGUUCUUUCUGGAGCGCACGGGCAAGCAGAAGCAGCUGCCGGAUGCGGCGCAAAUGUUGCGCUGCGAGGAAAGCAUUGAAGGCAGCGUUGGCUCCACGCCCAGCGAGCAGAGUAGCGACGAUGAGGAUUAUCUCAAAGUGGGCAAGAUAGGUGAUCACUUUCAGCUGCGCGGCUUUCACUUCAAACAUGGUGACGGGCUGCGCGGCAAGCUGCAUCGCCAUCAGAUUAUGCAGGGUCAACGCACCAUCAAGGGCUGUCCAACGCGCGAUGAGUGGCUCAAUCAGCUGGCACCACGCAAGGAACCCAUCAAGCUGGAUGUGGAGCGCGGCAUUAUCAAACUCAUCGAUCCGGAUGAUCCAACGCUAGAUCUAUUUCCACCACAGCAAAUGCUGUUCAACAAACAUCACGAGCAUAAGUCUGGCGUCAAGGACUUCAUCAACAAGCCGCUGGGUCAGCAUUAUCAUCGUGUGCUGCGCAAGAAUCUGAAGCUGGUCAAGCCCAAGCUGCGCUACAAUGUCAAGAAGUUCAAUCUUAUACGCUAUGUUUUCCCAGAGAAGAUUAUAGUGCCAGAUGCGCCUGAAAUCGAUGACAUGGAGCUGGAUACGACCAAUGUGGAAACCACUGUAGAGUAUCUGGCGCUCAAGAAUAAAGUAGCCAAGGCCAAGGCGCAGAAGCAAAAGCUGCGCCGCAUGCAGCUGCUCGGACUGCCUUGCGUCGAAGCCAAGCAGCUGCGCGAAAUGUCGCUCUGCUAUGCCAAGGAGAAACCCAUCGAUUUGGACUGGGUGCCGCCGCAAGAAGCGAUCAAUAUGCCAGACAGGUCCAGCGAACUGGAUGAGCAGCUUGAGCGCAUGAGCGGCGGCGAGGACAAAGUGCCGCUGGCCAAGCGUGGCAACAUGCCGGCGCCAGAAUUUCGCGAAAAGACUCUCGUCAUUCAUCCAAGACGCAAGCGCGACUAUGAUGCGGAGCGUGUGCCGUCGGCUCUCUUCAAUGAUGCCAUACAGCAGUCGGGUGUGCCCAUGCUGGAGAAGAUUAUGCCGGACCAAAUAAAGUUCAGCAAUGUGCGCACCACACGACGUCCGUAUACGGAUAAGCUGGAGGCACGUCAUCAUCAUGAUCACUGGGAUCCCACGCAGGUCAAAAAUGUCCAUGUGCACUACCAAACGAAGACGGUACAGCCCGAGAUUACGGUGCAUGAGGUGCCCGAAAAGCAGCCCAUUGUUAAUUUCAUACAGGCCAAGCCGCCUUGCCGGGAGCAUCUCGAGGAUGAGCUUACCCUACCCCAAUACGACUUUGAUGCCAUGAUAGCCAAUCACAUGGCUGCCACGCGCACCGACGGCAAGGAUGCAGCCAAGGUGGUGGUCCAAGACUUAUGUCAGCCCUAUGACUUUGUCUUUCACUCACGCGAUCCCGAGGAGCUCAAUCUACUGGACUUUCCGGGACGGCGACAGUACUUGGAGUUUUUGCGCGAAACACGCGAGGCCAUCUAUGAAACCAAGGACAUGGAGCCCGGCGAGGAGCGAUUGCUGGUGGAUCGCAAUGAGAUUGUCGAUGAGCUGGAGCAUGACCUGAAGAGCAUUGAGGGCUGCCUCAGCUCGCUGAGCAGCUCCGAAUGCACUAAUUUGUCCAAUGACAGCGGCAGCUUUCUGCUCAUCGAAGGUGAUACCAAAAUUCCGUUAGACUAUAUACGCAAACCCCUGGUGCCGUUUGAUGAAAUGCGUCGCUCGCGCUUCCAGGCGGAGGUUAUCGAUGUGGAUGCGGAGGAAGCGAAUCCAUAUCGCAUGCUGCCAUUCAGUGGACAGCACAAGGAACAGGCAGCGCUGCUGGGACCCAAGGAUGCGUUCUUUACCUUCAGCUCACGUCUGCGCAAUGGUUUACGUCUGCGUCUGGAGGUGCCUGUGCCGGAUGUGCGCAAGACCCUCAUGGGUCCCGGUCCUAACAAAUACUAUGGCUCGGUCAUAACCGAUUUGGAUGAAAACUACAUAGAUGAGCUCAGAAGUCGCGCUACCAUUAAGGCAUUCAAUUUCAAGACCGGAGUGGAGCUGAUCAAGGUCGCCAUGCGGCUGAAGUACGAAUCGCUGCUGAUCCAGGGACAAGUAGUGCGCAAUAAGAUUUAUGAUACGCUCAACGAGCGUCACUGGCAGGAUAUGAAGAACACCCAGCUGCUGUACGAGGGACUCUUUGCCAAGUGGGAGAAAAAGGAAUACAAUGCUGCCAUGACGCAAGUGUAUCAAGUGAAGACCUACUACGAAAUCACCGAUAAAAUGAAGCAGGAAUUUCGCGAACUCGAACGCGAGCUCAUGAUGCUCAACAUGGACAUUGUGUUUAUCGAAGGACAUUGGAUACGCUGCGUCAUGCUGCAGAACUUUCACUAUCUGCUGGGCGAGGAGGAAUGGCGCGAUGAGAACGACUGGAUACAUCUGGUGCCGGUGGAGCGACGCGGCAAGGAAAACGAAGAAAAGCCGCAAGCCGAGGCCGAAGAUGUCGAAGUCGAGUACGAACUGGAGGCCUACGAUAAAUCGAUUGCCAAGCGCACUAUAGUGAACAUACGCGUGCGUGACAAGGACGACGCCUGGGCCAUACGAGAUUUCUACUAUAAUGUGUAUCUGCGGAAUUUGCAUCCGGUGCUGCAGGUUUUCCCCAGUGCCCAGCACUUUCUGCAAGGCAUUGAGAAUCUAAAGAGCAAAACCUUUAUGCUGCUGCUCGAGAUGCACUACACGCUGUCCGUACACACGGAGCUGCAGGGUCGACUGGAGACCUUCGUGGACUGGUGUGCCAACGAUCUGAAGGAGAAGCAGGAAUAUGUGGCACGCAAGUCGGCCAAGAAGUUCUUCAUGGAGGAUCGUGCAAUCGAAAUGGAGGCGCGCGUAAUGUUCUAUCUGGACAAGCCCAUUGAGGCGUCGUUCAACGACGAGGAGUUUAAUAAGCAUCGCGCUAUACUUGCCGAGGUCUGGCGGCGUGUCGUUCCAACUACUGUUCAAGGCUCCAGUGAUACCAUACCCAAUGCCUCCGAUAUGGUUGCCCACAUUAGUAAUGUCGUGCUGGAGAUCUUGAGCAAAUUUGAGCUUAUGGAUAUAGAAAAAGUGCGCGAAUUGGAGGCCACGCUGCGCAAGCGUCGACGCUACUAUGAGAAGCUAUCGUUCCAGGCCUACCAAGUGGAGCGACGCAUUGACAUGGAAAUGAAAAAGGUGCGACGCAAUCUCGAGCCGCCCUAUAAGAAACCGAAGCGUGUGGGUCCGCUGCAGCGGCUCUAUCUCAAGAAGCGCAUCAUCAAGCAGGUCAAGCCGCCAGUGCAGAUUUCGGAGAACACGCGCAACUUCAUACGCGCCUUCUCCGAGAGCGGCGAAGUGCCCGAUGACUUUGCCCAGGACUCGGUGCUCGUUUUAGACAACCUCCAGGACCAAAUAGUGCCCUUCUAUUUCGAUCAUUUCCUCAAGAUCAAUGGCUACACACCCAACUACAAUUUCAAAACGAAUGUUGAGUCGCGCGACGGUCCGGAAAUUAAUCGCUUUCAAAUACGCGAGAUCAUACCCGAUGUUCUGCAAAAAGUCGAGCACUGGGAGCAACAGCACCGCAAGGUCAUGGAGGAGAAUAUUCAGCGUAAUCCCAAAAUGUAUGAAAAUGUUAAUUAAGAACGCUAACAAUAAUUUCCGACAAUUUUAGUUCAUCGACAAACAAUUUCAUAAUUAGUUACAAAUAAAAUCGCACGUGCCUUAGGCCACUAAAUUUAAAUUCAA